CACAUGUUGGCUCAUUCUAUUGAUCUAUACCAUACCAUCUUAUGUCAUGUCGAACCCUUGAAAGCAUUUACAUCGACACAAUGACUCCCACGGCUUCACCCAAGCAAGAGAAUGCCGUACGUGAUUUAUGGGAAAGAGUCUUCACGGCCAUUACUGUACUUAAUGUGGUAUCGACACCACCGGCCAUCGCGGAGCAUGACAUUAUGAGCAUGUACCUCCAGUACUGUAAACCCUCAGCGUCCUCUGAUGCUUUCUCGGACGACACUGGUGGUUGUGGCGACAGGCGUGCCGCGAAUACACAAGUCAUGGCGUUUCCGCUCCCAACCCUGCCAGACGGCCCCAAACCACUUUCCGGCACUAGAAGUCCGGAACCAGAAAGUAUAGAGUACGUUACACCCACCGAGGAAACCAAGGAAGUCCAUGCACGCAGGCCCAGAAGUAUGUGCCGCGUGGCACCGAUGGCAUGUGGCCAUCACGAGCUAUUCGACGAAGCUACAUGCGAGCCCGACCAAUGCAUUGUUGUAUUUGCUGAAACUCGUCAUAAUUCUCCAAGCACGAGAUGGAGCGAUGAGGAUAUCCUCGAGGCGGAUAGACGCUUUCUCGACGAGUACGACACGCGCCAGGACAUGUGGCGCCGAUGUACACCUGAAAGCACGAAAAUGAGCCCGGACGACGAUGACAACGACAAUCAUUUCGGAUUCUGCAGAGCCGCCCUGCAGGGCGAUCUUGAAACCCAUCUGAAGGAAAAACACCUGGAGAAGCCUGAUCAGAACCGACAUGAGCAGAACAAAGCCCUGAAAGGAAAAAGAUGUGCUGACCAUGGAAAGGGCACAAAACACUGCGGCUCGAGACGGCGAUCAUUGGAACUGCACGCAACCAGGCAAUCAUCGAUGAAUGUUUCGACCAGGCACCUAUGGAAAGCAAUAAUCCAUCGAACUUGCAAUUCCGAGGCAAGAGUAAGAAACACAGGACAGUGCCGGGAUUCUUUGGAGCCAAGGCCUGACGGACAGGACGUCCUAACGGACAGAUGCUUCUUGAGAACAGCUCAAGAUUUUGGUGUGGGUUUUGCGAAGUGAUUAUCCCCUGCGCGGCGGGAUUGGCGCUUUUUUCCUUGGCAUUCCCAACUAUGUGCCCUCAUGUACUUCCUCAUGCCCAUGCACUACCAAUU